AUGAUGUAUACUCUAACCCCUUAGUAAGCCUAGAUUUCUAUAAAAAUUGACAAGCCUAGCUAUUAUCCUGGGGAGAUUAUAAAGGGAGUGGUGUAUAUGAAAAUCAAAACGAAGGAUAUUUAAGCUGGUCUUUUGUAUUUAAAACUCUGCGGACAAGAGAAAGUCAAUUAAUUAGACUCUUAUAACUAAUUCUUUAGCUAUAAAUAGUUCAUAUAUAAAAAGCAGAAAAAAAUAGCAGACUUUGGAAUAAAAAUGCCAAUUAUAGCUUGCAAAAAAUAUUUUGAAUUAGAAGUUCCCUCAUUAUACCCUAGUUUCACAGUUAAUUAUUACAAACUGGUACAGUGUAGAAUUCUUUAUUUUCUCUCUGUGAGUAUAUAAAGCGAAGAUGAAAAAAAUUUAUAUAAAGUACCCAAAAAACAUAGAGUAGUAGUUCAUAUAUUGUAAAAAUUGCCAAUUUAAAAUGUUAUUCCUAUUGAAUAUUCAGAAGUUUCAAAAAAUGACAAAAGGUGUUGCUUUUCAACAGGGAAUACAAAAGUCAAAAUUUAAUUAAACAAAGCAUAAUAUGUAUUUGGAGACAGCAUCUAAUUAAAUAUUUCAGUUGAUAAUAGUUAAUCAAAUGUUGCUGUUUAGAAAUUUGAAUUGAAAAUUUCUUCUUAAUUAGUAGUUUUAUAUAGACAAUAAAAAAGAAAGUUAUCAAAUUAUUUUGAUAUCUAUUUAUAAGAAUUAAAUGAAUAAAUUUAGGCACAUUCCUAAAAAUAGAUUGCCACUAAAAUACAUCUACCAACAGGGAAACCAGAUAAUUAUACGUCUAUUUUCCCUUAAAGUACAAUUAAAACGAAAAGGGUAAGUUAUUAAUAUAUUCUUACUGUGAAUGUAAUUUUUUCAAGGUAGUUAUUUUUCAAAGUGGAGAAUCUUGUUGCCUCUAUCCCUUUAAUUUUGAUUUAGCAUCAAAAGAGAGAAAAGAACAAUAUUAUUCAAUCGAUGGAUAAUUUAAGUAUGCUUGGAUCAAUACUUGAAACGAAUUAAAAAUUAAAUACUAGUUAAUUAAAAAAAUUUAUUUAUGGAGAUCACAACUCUGCUGGUUAUGGUGAACAGGAUGGUUAUGUAGGACCUGAAAGAAAAUAUAACCCAAUAGAAAGUCUGGAUGAAUUUGCAUUGAAGGACACAAAGGGAGCAUUGGAAUAAUUGAUGUUUAAGAAAUAAUAUGAGGAAGAUAGUGACAUUGAUGAAGAAUUUGAAAACGAGAUUGAUGGUAUAAGUAUGAAUGAUAUCAGUAUCAAUCAAAUAUAAUCAUCUCAAGACUAAUAAUAAAAAUAGAGGACAAUUUUUAAUUAAAAACAGUAAAAUGAAUUCAAUUGUCCUAACUCUGAAGAAUUUAAAUAAGUAGAGGGUAUAUAGGAGCAUUUGCAAACAAUAAAAGAGGAGUAAGAAAGUAAAGGAACUUAAUAUAAUCUUAACAAUAUCUAACCUUCAUUUUAAGUCUAAAAGAAUCCCUAAAAAGCUUAGAAAGAUUCUCAUCAAAUUUAAACAUUUGGAUCAGUAAAUUCAGGAUUAGAUAAUUAUAAUUAUGAAGAUGUGAAAAGUCCAAAUGAGCAAACAAAUCCUAGAAAAAGUACAAUUUUGAAAAAAAAUAAAAAUACUGAAUAAAAUGAUUAAAGAGAACAAAAAUAGUUGAAAGUUUAGUUUGUUGAUAUUACUUCAGUGGAUACUCUUGAUGGAAAAAAUGGAGACAAAAUGACUACAUAAAAAUAAAAAAGAUGA